GCGUGACGUCAGCCUCGGGCACUUCCGCCUCCAAGCUCGGCUCUGGUCGGAGAAUCUCUUCCCCCUCCUUCCUGUUACGUCACAUUCGCUCAAGCUUACUAGGCCCCGCCUCCAUUUGCUGUAAUCUUGUGGUUAUGACAGAGUCCAUCCCUAUCUCUUUUGUGCCAGGACAAGAAAUACGAUGUGUUCUUCACUGGUUUUCUGAAUGGACAGAACAUCAACGAAACCGCUUUCUUCAGGACCUGCUGUGCAAAGCAGUGCCUGGGAAACUGUGCCUGCUUCUCGAAGGACUGGGCUCCUUGCAACUUUCAGCACCCCCACCAAGCCUUUUUCAGUGUCAAAUGAAACUUUGGGAUCAGUGGUUCCAAAGCUGGGACGAGGAUGAAAGAAAUGAAUUUUUACGACAACUGGAGCAGCAGGCCCCAAGCUUUGUGGCCCAGUUUUACAAGGAAGUGGCAGGAACUGCAGGCAAGGCCUAGCCACCAUAGAUGAGAGGUGUUUGAAUGCAUUUCAUAAGUAGGGGAUGAUAAAACAAGAGGAAACGUCAUGGGAGAAUAUGGAAGCUUUAAAGGGGUUUUCCUGGAGUAGAAUAUCGAUUUGCUUUCCCUCGGGGGAGGAGAAACUUCACCAGACAGCUGUUUGAAGGGUCUGCAGCGCUCCCAUAAGUGCUGUGGCCUCCUCACAGCUUUCCAAACACUGUAUAGUGUCUGUCCUUGGUAUUGCAGCCCAGUCCCAUUCACUUAAAUGGGACUGUGCUGUACCCAGGUCAUGUGACCGAUGAAUAUGGCAUCACUGGCCACCUUCUCUUCCAUCAACUGAUCGGCAGGGGUGUUUAGAGUCAGACCCCCCACCGAUCAGAUAUUGAUGACCUAUCCUGAGGAUAGGUCUUCAAUAUUCUACUCCCGGAAAACCCCUUUAAUUCUUUCAUAUAUACAUUAGUAUUGCAGAUUCUAGUGCCUUGCAGUUUCCUUACUUUUUUUAUAAACUAUGAGGAGCAAUUUUUGUUCUUUUGUUCCAGGUUUAUCUUGUAAAACGUUUUAGGAAGAGACCAGUCAGUGCAUUUCCAGGAGAUGUCGCUGAAAUGUGGAAAUUGUUACAUAACUUAAAUACUUUGCCAUUUUCUGGUUCUUUCUAGUAAAAUCCGCUUCUGCAGGAGUUUUGAUUUCUUUCUGUUAAUCUCAUAAAGGAUGAAAUCGUAUCCUCUCUCCACUCCGGUCUGAAGUGAAUUCUCCACCUUCUUUA